AUGUCUUCUCCUAACGACAACGAGUUCGAAACUAGGGUGAAUAACAUCACGGACCUCCGAGAGUGUAUCUCAGGUUCGCGGGAACAGCUUGGCAUUGUAAGGACAGCCGCGGGCCGAGCCCUCUUGUUGCAACAGAGAGGAUUGGAGUUGAACCGCGGGGUUACGCGCAACGAGAAUGACAUUGCGGUAGAGCUCAGCGAAAACGAGCAGCUUGCCUACGACAUCCAUCAAGAUAUUGAGGAGGGGCACAACAACCUUGAAGAGAUGGUUGUCGACUCCUCCCCGUCUGACAGCCCUUCCCAAUCGACAGACAGAUCAGCGUCUCCGGACUCGAAUUAUGUUCCCGCUGCUGUUCCCGUUGCUGGUCCCCCUCCUGCUGCCCCUCCUGCUGCCCCUCCUGCUGCCCCUCCUGCAGCCCCCCCUGCUGCCCCUCCUGCUGCCCCCAUCCCUGUUGCCCCAGCUAACAACCCUCCACGUCUCACUGCCAACCAACUCUGCGCCAAUGCUCCAGCCUUGGUCGCGACAAUUCCAGCCAAUCUCCAGAAUCGAGGUGUUCAAGAGUGUGCCAGAAUUGUGGCUACUGGCGCAUUCUAG